AUGAAAAUGAACAAGCUUUAUAAAUUAACAGCUCAGGGACGGCGAUGGGCCUUUAAGGGAAGGCUGGAGAAUUUGGGGGCGGUACCUCGGGAACAGCUGGCCCACCCACGAGUCCCCAGUACUUUGGGAACCCUCCGGGUUCCCGGGGUUCCCGUCUUUCCGUCGGCACUUCCCCCGGCCGUGGGUUUGGGCUUGCCCCGCCCACGUACCGCCCGCCCGCGGGCACCGGCGGGGCCGCACGGGGGCCGGGAGGGGCGGAGGUGCCGGGCCAGCCCUGCGCCUCGCCGCUGGCGCCCGCGCCCGGGAGCGCGUCCUCGGGUCCUCGGAUCCCCGCGUCCUCCGGGCGCCAGGGCCUCGGGCCGGGGGAGGGGCCUCACCGGCGGGCUCCGCGGGGCGGCGGGCGGCGCACGUGCGGACGGGCGGGGAUCCCCGGCGCCGGAGGCGGGGCACCCGGAAGCGCGCGCGGACUUGCCUCGCCGAGCCCGGCGGGCAGGGGGGCGGCGGGGAGGCGGGCGCACUGCCCGGGCCGCGGCCGGCUGUGCUCACAGGUGGGCGGCGGCGGCGAAGGCGCGGCGGAGCGGAGCCGGGGUCCUCGAGACUCCAGCCGUCACACCGAGGGCCCAGCGGCUCCGAGCUGGGAAGACGCGUCCGCGCCUCGGUAGGAACCGGCCGUUCUCCCCGCCACCUCGGCCUCUUUGGCUGCAGCCGCACCUCGGCCCUGGAGCGCAGGUAACUUCCUUUCCAAGGUCAUUCUUCGGGCGGGGCGGCGCUCGCGGCCCGCCCACGUCCUCACGGUCGGCGGAGGCGGGAGAGGGGCGCCCUGCGCCGAGCCGGAGCGGUGGGGCUGGACGGCGACUCUGAGCGCUGCGCGGGCGCCUGGUGGCCUCCCCGGAGCCGGCUGCAGACGCCGGCCGCAGCCCCGAGGGCGUUGGCGGAUAAUCAGAGAGAGGCGUGGAUGUGUUUACAAGAUGAGUUGUGUUCUUUCCACCUUUACCUUCUGAGGGCUUCUUACCACUCAUGGUGACAGGUGGAAAUCGUGACACAGAUGGGCA